AUGGCAAGACGAUCUGCUUCUGCAGCGCUGUUCCCUGUUGCCCGUUACACAAUCCCUUCCGCAACAUCAUGGGAGGCACGUAUCCUCAUCUUCAUACUCGCUCAGAAUACUCACAUUCGGAUCGGCUUCGUUGGACUCGUCAGUCGAUCCAGCAAGCUCUACCAUUCAGUCGAUCCUGGCUUGGUGCAAGUAAAGCCAUGCACGGAGGGCGUCCGCAUUAUCGAUGUGAAGAUUCAGAUCUUGCCCAUCGGCAGACAGAAAGCCAUCAUGCGCGACAAUGUCGACGUCGAGAUAUCACAGACUCAUACCGCGCCAUGCUCUCUCCGAGCGUGCACAGACUACCCUCCAGCACGUUGUAGGUGCACGGGGGUGCAGAGCAUCAUCACUGAGUGCGAGGCGAUCGCGUUUGCGAUUGCCGAGAUUGUGGGUGACGUCGCGUACAAGUGGAACAUCGCGAUUGAGGCUUUCUCGUCAAGGACAUUGUGUUCCGCGCCGAGGUCUGGCCACGCUCUCGUUCGCCGUGCUGCGGAAGCGUAUUGGCAGCGGACAUUCUCGCGAGCCUGCGGCGAUGCAGAUCUGGCAGCUCGAGGCGUUGCAGCAGAACUGGCAGAGGUUAUCACCUUUACUGUCGAGACUUGA